AUGGCCGCCAAUUUUAGAGACUCAACAAAAUCUCAUUCUCAUCAUCAUUCAUCAGGCACUACAACAACUACAACAACUACAACUACCACCAUGAAGACAAGAAACAAUACUCAUCAUAAUCAUAUUCAUAAUACUCAUAAGAGAAAAUUGAAUGAAUUAGAAGAUAUCACUAAUAAUAGUAAUAAUCAUAAAAAAAUCCCUAAGAAAUUAAAAGUAACCUUUGGUGGCAAUACAACUACAACCACCAUAAAUACUCGUCUGCAUUCUCAUCAUCAUCAACAACAAAGAAUCCUUCAUCAUCAAAUCCCUCCUUCUCCUCCUGAACAACAACGAUCUCCAUCUCCUUUGGAUUCAAAUAAUGCAACAACAACAACUAGUACUAUUUCAAAACCAAAAUCAGUUUCAUUCGAAUUACCUAAUGAUAGUCCAGCUUAUGAAAAUUCACCUCUUUUGACUCCAAAAGAAGAAGAUGAUGACGAUGAUGAUGUUGACCUUGUUCGUUUCAAAUCUAGUUCAGUUUCUCCUUGUGGUACUGCAAAUUCAAGAUCAACUAGUCCUCCCACUAGUGCCAAUGAUAAUAUUAAUAAUAAUAAUAAUGAUAAUGAUGAUACAUUAGUUAUCAAAUCUGAAACUGAAACUCAAACUAAAGAUUUAAAUCAAAAUCCAGAUUAUAUAUCAUUAACUUCAUCUUUAAGAUUAUUAAAUCAAUCAAAAUCAAGUAUAAAUCAAGAUAUAAUCAAUUUAUCUAAUUUAAAUGAAAAAAUCAAUUCUACUAAUGAUAAAGAUGAAAUCAUUCAAUUCUUUUUAAAUGUAAUUGAUAAUAAAAUCAAUUUAUCAAAUCCAAAUUCAUACAAGGUUUUGAAAUCUCCCGUUAUAAAUUGGUCCAAUUAUGAUUCAAAUUUAUCUCAAGUUAAUCAAGUGUUUAAUCUGCAAUGUCAGAAUAACAAUGAUGAUGAUGAUUCGUUGUAUACGGCCUUGAAAUUAUUUGAUCAUCAAUAA